AUGCACACGCGCAUAACACUGAAGCCCGCUGAGGGCCGUGAGCGCUACGUGUUCUUCGCGUUCCCCCACAUCGCGAUCGAUGAGAGCGGCGAGCUGGGCGCCAUCGCGCGCCCCAACCGCCCCGGCAAGAGCUGCGCGUGCGGCGCCAUGGCCAAGUGCCUGGGUGACCUCCAGAAGGAGGGCCUCGACUGCAACUGCAAGGAGCCCGGGGUGCACGACCCCCUGGAGCCCGAGCUCACCAUCCUGAAGCAGCGCCUCGCCCGCCGCAUCGCGGCUGAGGGCCUGGACCCCGCCACCAUGAACCUGGCUGACAUCACCCACGCCGCCGAGCGCGUGAUCACGGACGACCUGGAGUUCCUGAUCUCCAAGGCCGUGGACCCCGAGAAGGCCGACUACGCCGUCAUCACCGGCGUGCAGAUCCACAACUGGUCCAAGGACCAGACCGCCGGCGCCAACAUCGAGUUUGUGGCCCCCGCCAAGGCCUACGUCGUGAACCGCGGCGAGACCACCAUCAUCGACCUCGCCCAGGUCCCCGCCCUGACCCCCCGCCAGCUCAACUCCCUGUCGGGCUUCGACGAGGGCCUCGAGGCCGGCUUCUCCACCCCCGUCAACGGCGAGCCCAGCACCCUGCAGUGCAUGAGCUCCGAGUACCUGACCAAGGUCAUCUGCUCCAGCGGCCUCAGGAGCGAGCGCAAGUUCCAGCUGCAGCACAAGCCCCUGGCCAGCUACAUCAAGUACGAGAUCCCCGCCCAGGACUCUGAGCCCAUCCUGGGCGACGGCGGCGCCGUGGCCGAGGUCGUGACCGCCGAGGUCGCCGGCGAGGACGCCGCCCUCGAGCAGAACGUGGUUGCCUGA